AUGGGAAGCAAUUUACCUUUAUACUUUACUAAUGCUCAACCAAGUACAAUUUCGUCCACCACUGAAAACUCAAACAACUUCUGCUUCAUUCCACCUGUCUCGGUAAUAAACGAUACGACUAAUGAUCACCCAUUUUAUAUGAACCAGUUUCAAACAAAUAGUUUAUCGAAAUCAGAGCCAACGAACACAACCUCAGAUAACUUGGACCAUAGAGCCCCUAGAGCUUCAUCGUCUUCUUAUUUAGACGUAAAAAUGCAAACAAUUUAUUUACAUUUAUUAAAUAUUUUCAAUUUAUCUAAUAACCUCGAAGUGACAAAUGAAGAAAUCCUAAGUUCAAGCAGAAAUGAUACAACUGAUGGUGUUACAUGA